AUGAUUAGCUUUGACACGUUCUCUGGACCUUGUGCACGUGUACGUGAGUCCGAUUUAGAUGCCAAGGGUCUUCUUGUACUUGCUGAACAGUCGACACCCAUAUUGAAGCUUUUUCCGCCUCUUUUUGGUGCGUCGGACACGUUUUAUGAGCGUCAGAAGGAUGUCAAGGACAGUUGCGACGUGUUUUAUAUGAACAAGAUGGCUGGACAGGAUCAGAACCACAAGAUAAAGCACGACCAAGCUACUGGUGGACGUAUACGACAGAUUGUACAGCUAUUGACGCUACAGAGUCACAACGUCGGUGAUGCCCGCUCUGCUCUCGUGGCCAAGCUGCUGCGUAUUGUAAAAGUGAAUGAGCUAUUGCUGACUCGAGCUACAGAGGAACAAAUCGCCAAUGCUGCUAAUGACGCUAUUACAGACGAGAUCUUGGAAUCUGUGGAUCAGGAAGAACGUCGGCGCAAUGGGUUGACCAUGCAGCAGCAGCCCAUGGCCUCCACGCUGUUUGGCCCUGGACCCUUGAGUCCAUUUCGAGUGCUAGAACUUGUGGAUGUGCUAGACUCGACAACUGGUGGGAUGGUCAAACGAAUGCUGACAAAGGUGAGACGGAGAGCUUCGAAUAACACACGGAUGGUGAAGGACAAUGAUAUAGGGAGAGAAGUUGAGUUUUGUCGUUUCUGUUCAUCCUACGGAGAUCAUACUGCUACUCAGCAUCGAUGUCGAUUGUGUGAAGUUACUGGACAUCACCGUAGUCAAAGCUGUCCGUAUCGAGAAAUGGCUGGAUCUACUACUUGUAACUCUGACACUAACUUACCCGAAAGCUCUGGUGCUAGCGUUGACGCAACUGACGAGGACCAUAGUUUUUGCACGUUGUGUAACUUGUGGGGAAAUCAUGCCACGGAGCGUCAUCAGUGUCGCAAGUGCGGUGCUCAUGGUGUUCAUCGUAGUCAAAGAUGUUUGUCGCUAGCGACGAAUCUUGUUUCAUUGUCGACAGAUGCGAGACAGGGACAAAAGUUUUGUACAUACUGUAAUGCAUGGCGACGACAUGCGUCAGAUAAGCAUCGGUGUCGAUUAUGUGGGGCUGUGGGCUUGCAUCGGUCUGAUUCCUGUACUCAGCGCAGUAGCAGUAACAUUAUGUUGUCAUACUCAGUGGAUGCGGCGUCCAAAGUUCGAGACCGUGUACUGGAGAAGAUCCCACAAGUGCUGCCUCCUUCGGCUGUGACACUCGUGUGGCGUAGCCUCGAUAAGGUUGGUGACGCCGAUCUCAUUUUGCGAAAAACAUUGCAACGGAUAGGCGUAUGGGGUGGUGGGUCUCAAACGCCUAUCACUACACCUUACGCACCUCCAAGUGUCAAUACCAGCUCAGAUGGGGCGGUUACUGUUAGCCAUGAAAAUGGUGUCAUAGAUCAUGAUCGUCCAGAGUUGCUAUCUUCGCCCCGCCGCGCGACUUCUGUGCCUUCGUCAUGUAAUCCAUCGGUGCUACGUGUUCCAUAUGAGGGACAGCCUAAUGGUGUGUACGUCUUGUCUUAUGCUGAAGGCAAUUCGGUGGUGCCGGCGCGCAUUCUCAAGUAUAUGCGGUUGCUCAUGCACCACGAGGUGUCGACAAAUGCCUUUUCCGUGGUCGUUCGCUUUGACCCGCGGCCAUCGCACUGGGAGCUCAUGAAGCCUGGCAUGGUGUCACCUCGAUCACUGCCAUCUACUCCGACUCUAUGUCACCAGUUGGGAAAGCGAAUGGCACACUACACUCUCCAAACGCUGUUGGGAGCGCGCAACAGACUUCGAGAACGAGAAGUGGCGCAACGGAAAUAUCAACACCAGGUGGAUCAUUCUCAAGUCAAGUUACAACAUCGACAAACGCAGGAAGAUGUACAUUAUGAUCAGCAUCAAGCAAAUGCUCAUGAGACAAGGCAAGUAGUAGUACCUGUAGAUGCGUAG